AACUGAGAAGUUCACCAACUAAGAAUUAAUGGGCGAAAGAGAGAAAUGGAUCAAACACUACAGCAGCUCCCAUAAGAUGUUACUGAUUGGAGAGGGGGAUUUCUCCUUCUCUGCAUGUUUGACCAGGAGAUUUGGCUCCGCUAAGAACAUGGUCUCCACUUCCCUUGAUUGCAAAGAUGUGGUAAUGGUCAAGCACCCAACAGCAAGGGCAAACUUGAAGAAAUUGGAGAAAUUGGGGUGCACUGUUCUUCAUGAAGUAGACUCCCACACCAUGACUCACCACCCUUUUCUCAAGGAUAUGAAAUUUGACAGAAUUAUCUUCAAUUUUCCUCAUGCCGGUUGUCAUUACCAAUCAGAACAUCAGCAAUGCCAAAUCCAGCUACACCAAGAGGUAGUGAAGGGCUUCUUCAGGAGUGCACGUGACAUGCUUGCAGUGAAGGGGCAAGCUCAUGUGACCCACAAGACAAAUCACCCUUACAAUAAGUGGGAGGUGGAGAAACUAGCCGAAGAGGCUGGAUUGUGUUUGGCUGAAGAAGUAGAGUUCAAAAAGCUGGACUACCCGGGUUAUCACAAUAAGAGAGGAUAUGGAAAGAAAUGCAAUCGGACUUUCCGUGUGGGAAUGUGCAGUACUUUCAAGUUCAUACUACCAAUCCAUACCGGACCUUCUGACCCAUGA